UAUAUAAAUGCCCGGCUCGGAUGGAAUCAGCCUGGUCAUUCGCUAAGUCAGCGUCAAGUUGAGCAGUCAGUCGAAAGCCGAUUCUGUUUCUAUUGAAGACAAAUUCGAAUCAAAGUUGAGUGCAAUUUGCUAAAUCGACGCUAUGAUGAAAUGCCGCCUGAAUCUUUGACGGACUUGCCAGCCAACCGUUCCACACGACAUCACUUACGACUAGUGCCCAGUUAUUACCCAGUUAAUUACUCAGUGCAAACUCAUCCAAAGUGAAAAUUCCGAAAUUUCAUUUGAAAUUUGAUCGAAUUCAAAUUGAAUUUUUUAAAAUAAAAUGAAAUCGACUGUUUUCUUCAUCAUCGUGUCCAUGUGCAUCGGGCCGUCUCUCUGCGCCUGGGGUAGACCCAGAGCGUCAAAGUCCACCACGACCACCACCACCACGACCAGUCCUCUUCCGCCCAGCAGCAACAGCAGCCGGAUGGGCCUGGAACGUCGGGUAGGUAAACCCGACGACGAAAAGGACUACGAAGAUGGCGGAUCCCUGGAACUGGACGGAAUCGAGUCGACCGUCAUCAACGGGACGGACCAGGAGGAGCGAUUCUUUAACAAAUUUCCGCUCCACGUCUUCAUGAAGAAGAAGCGGCCGUUCGUGAGCUUUUCGACCGUGACGCAAACGUCGACCAUCACGGCCCUGAUCACGUCGUCGACGGUGGGACUCUGCGCUAAACUGGUCAACGUCACGGGUGCCUGUCGACUACGCCGGGGCAUGUGGGUCGAUGACCCCAUCGUCCUGAGCUUCGACGACGACAUGGACUCGAUCGACGAGGCCCUUUCGCCCAGCAAAACUUUAAGCAUCGAAACGACUUCCGUGCCGGAAGCGAUGGUGGCCCAAGGGCGGAGUAGUAGUGACGAGGUGAUACAAAACGGAGCGCGGGACCGGAGGAUUUCGGUCCGGUCGGGAUCGGUGAUCCAUUCGUCCAAGGAGGAGGUGGGAGGAGAGUCGAGAGAUGACGACGUCCAGGAGAGUCGGUUCGGCUUUUUCGGUUUGAAGAAGAAAAUCAAAAACAAAAUGAAAUUCAUCACCGUCAUCACGACGACGCUGGUGACGUCGACCAGCACGUCGACCUAUUACGUCACCAUCAGCACCAAGACCUUUUACAUUCAACUGUGCACGCCGUCGCCUUUCCCGUUCAACAUCUGCCAGGGCCGGAAGAAACGCCAGCUCGAAAUCGAGCAGCAAAAUUCCCAGUAAAAAAUCAAAAAGGAAAAAACUAAGAAUUUGAAAAAAAUCUAAAAAGGGAAAGAAUCGCUGGGGCAAUUUUUCGAUCGGAUCGACGCAACUCGUGUAAUUUGUUAUAUCAUAGUCUCUAUUAUUUAUUCGUUUGAUUGAUCAGUCGGGCUGGGUCCGACCAUUCCUCUCCACCACCCACUUGUAUAAUUGAUUGAAUCCAAAUGAAAAAAAAAGAAACACACACAAAAUAAGGAGACCUCAGUGACGAGCUUCUAUUUAAAUUUGUGCAAAUAGGAAUUGAAUAUCCUGAUUAUUAUUAUUUUUUUAAAUUUUUUAAAUUUUACGCUCACAUUUUUAUUGAUCUUUUUAUUUAUAUCUUCCAUUAUUUAAUUAUAUAUUUCCGCACAAUCAAGUGGAAAAAAAGUUUAUCGACAUUCAGAGAGAGAGAGAGAACUGCUGUGAUGAAAAAUUACUAACACUAACCAGAAUAACAAUAAACUCGAUCCAUCUUA